AUUGUACCUGAAUUCACACUCUCACUCACACUCACAUUCACUCACUCAGCUUCAGAAAAGAAUCACUCUGUUCUGUUUCCCAAAAUGGCAACACCAAUAACUGGCACCAUCGUGUUCAACACCGUUGGAAGAGUACAAUACGGCUUCGACGUUUACACCGUUAACCUCCAAAACAACCCUCCGCUGGAAGACCACCGCAUCACUGACGGCGUCUCCGUCAACUUUAACGCCCAGUUCGUUGAAACUCAGAGUGACAACGACAAUCACAGCAUUGUCUUCAUCUCUCAACGAACCGGGUCUCCCCGCAUCUACCUUACCCGACCCGGAACUUCACCUGAACCAUUGCCUUUCGUUGCUGAAAGCUUCUUCCAUGAUCGCCCUGUCAUAAAAAACGAAACUCUCUACUUCGUUUCCGCUCACGAACAACCCGACCCGAUCGGAAAGACGCUUUUUAAAAGCUGGAGCGCGGUUUACUCCAUCGCUGUUAACGGCGGCGGAACAAUCGAGAGGCUAACCCCUCCUGGCGUUGUGGAUUACAGCCCCGCCGUAUCUCUCACCGGGAAAUUCAUCGCUGUCGCUUCCUACGGUUCACGCCCGUGGCGCACCCUGGAGUUCCACAAGCUCGACACAGAGAUCGCCGUUUUUGCCGAGUCUGACCCGGAGAAUCGGGUUAUGGUUUCCGAGCGUGGUCGAUGGCCAACUUGGUCGCGAGAUUCCACGAUUUUCUUCCUCAGAGUUGCCGAGGAUGGUUGGUGGAGCAUCUUCCGUGUCGAGUUGCCUCAUUCAAAUCUCACCCAACCUCCAACCCCACCAAUUCGGGUUACGCCGCCGGGGCUGCACUGCUUCACUCCGGCAGCCAUGCACGACGGCAAGCGAAUUGCCGUAGCAACACGCCGGGGAGGGAACAACAAUUUCCGCCACAUCGAGAUCUACGAUCUCGAGUCCAAAACCUUCCAACGAGUGACUGAAUCCAUCAACCCGAGUUUCCACCACUACAACCCGUUCGUCUCGAACGAUUCGCUCCACCUCGGGUAUCACCGGUUCCGCGGUGAGUCAACCCAAGGCGACUCCACAAUCCCCCAUUUGGAACAGGUGCAAUCUCGGGUUCAGAACUUGCAGUUGUUGAGGCUAAACGGUGCGUUUCCUACCUUCUCCCCAGAUGGUGACUUCAUCGCGUUCAAUCACAUCCCCUUCAAUCAUGAAUCAGACGGAAUCAAGAUAAUCAGAUCCAACGGCUCAAAACGUUGGACUUUGGUCGAGGGAAGGACGUGCUUCGCCAACUCGUGGAGCCCGACGGAGAAGCACGUGAUAUACACCACAAUCGGUCCAACUUUCGAGUCAGUUACGAAAACUGUUCAGAUUGCAAGGAUCGAGUUCGACCCAAUUCAUUUAACAGACGAUCGCGAGGAGAUACCAUUCAUGUUGAAGUUUCUGACCGGAGAUAACACCGGUAACAACGCUUUUCCGUCAUGCUCACCCGACGGGAAGUUCGUCGUGUUUCGGUCUGGUAGGUCAGGGCAUAAGAACUUGUACAUUGUUGACGCAGUUGAUGGUGAAUCGAACGGCGGGAUACAGAGGUUGACAGAGGGGGAGUGGAUUGAUACGAUGCCAUUUUGGUCACCGAAGGGUGAUUUGAUAGCGUUUUCGUCUAACAGGCAUGAACGGGGGAAUAAUGAGGUGUUUGGGAUUUACGUGGUUAAGCCUGAUGGGAGUGAUUUGAGGAGGAUUGAGGUUGGAAAUGAUGGGAGGGAGAGGUUGAACCACGUGUGUUUUAGCCACGACGGAGAGUGGUUGUUGUUCACGUCGAACUUCAGUGGGGUUACGAUGGAGCCGGUGGGAAUGCCCAACCAGUUUCAGCCGUAUGGGGAUUUGUAUGUAGUGAGGUUGGAUGGAAGUGGGUUGAGGAGGCUGACGUGCAAUGCAUAUGAGAAUGGGACGCCAGCAUGGCACCACUUUGGAUCACUUGUGAGCUAUAAUAAUCGAGGUUUCGGUUUUAAGCCAAAAGAAUAAAUGGUUCCAACCUUCACGAGGUAGGGUCCUGGGUACCUUUUGCCGAGUGAAGUGAAUAAAUGUGGAGUCAUUCAAUUCUUAUUAUCUACGGGCAAAAAAUGUUAGAAAGAAUUUACUUGAGUAUAUUGUCUCAAAAAGAGGAGAAAACAAUAAACCUAUCCCCCGGGUUAAUGUU